AUGUUCCGCCCGACUGCUCUCUUCAACGCUGCCUCGCGUGUUGCUGCCGUGCGUGCCGCCCCUACCAUGACCCGCUUCUAUGCUGCUGGUGCUGGUGUCUCCGUUGAAGAACGCAUUAUGGAUGUCUUGAAGGGCUUUGACAAGGUUGAUCAGAACAAGAUCUCGCUCGAUGCCCACUUUGUCAAUGACCUCGGCUUGGAUAGCUUGGAUACCGUUGAAGUUGUCAUGGCUAUUGAGGAAGAAUUCACUGUUGAGAUUCCCGACAAGGAAGCCGAUGAGAUCAAGUCUGCUAGACAGGCCGUAGAAUACAUUAACAGCCGUAAGGACGCCCACUAA